AUGUCACUUCGUCUCGUGCCUCGAGUGAAGGCCAUAAACAGAGAAAGCUGCCUCCAACCUGAGAUACCGUAUUGCCAGACAUUUUGCCAUACCAACUGGCAGGUGAGGCGACUAAUUUCCUCUUUUUCUAUUCAUGCCGAUAUGUUGCAAGCAAAGAAUGAGAAGAAUAACUCUCUUCACUGGGCUACAUUCAUUUCGUCCGGAUCCCUGCCGCUCGACUCUCUCAGUCGAGCAGAUUCCGGUGGCCAGAGCCCGUUCGCAGCCACUGCUCUUCUUGCGCCUCUCCCUCCGGUCCUCUUUCAACCGAUCGAGUCGUACAAGUCUGGUGAAAUUUUAUACCUCCGUCUUCAGACGGUGUGUCACAUUAGGAGCUUGGCAAUGCUUUAA